UGAAAGAAGAGCUUCCUCUUCCCCUUCUGACUUAACUAUAGAAAGCAACGCAGUCUGCAACUUGUAAGGAGCUGGAAAGACACAGCUGCGGUCGGCUGAUGUACAGCUCAGGACGCCCUUGGCCGAAGGCACAGAAAUGUAGUUCUGGCGGCCUGCUGCGCAGGCGCACAUACUGGUUUGGGAUCUGCGUUGCCCUACACGCGACCGUGCUCUUAUUUUUCUGUAGAACUGAUGAUGGAUACAAUGUAUUUCACAUAGUGGAGACAGAUUAUGAUAGCUAUGCUAUAUUUCAGCUCAGGAAUUUCAAGAGUGAAGAAAGCUUUCAACUGCUGGAGCUCUAUGGCCGAGAACCAGAUGUGAGUCCGGAAAUCAAGAAAAGGUUUGAAGAAUUUAGUAAAGAAAAUGGAAUCGGUGAGCAGAACAUAACAGACCUGACCAACGUUGAUCGCUGUCUCCAGGCCCGGGAUGGAAAGUAGCCUAAGCCCCCAGUGCUGAGUGAACGCUUCCCCACCUGGACUCUGCACCAUCUCUUCCUCAUCUGCGCCACCUGCUGACAAGCUCUGUGACCCGAGUCCCACCGCACUCACACCUGAAGGUGUCAUCUGGCAUCUCCAGAUCUUCCCUGAUCGCCCAGGAGGGUUUCUCAGCUCACCAACAAGCAAAGCUUUUCUCUAAAUUUCUCUGAUUGCCAGACCUAGGGCAACUGUGUACGGAUAAGAGCUUUCUCUGCCUGUUCAAUAAAUGAUUAGCCCUGCA